AUGCAGUUGUGUUCAUCUCCACAGCAUCAGACGAACCACAAGAACUGCAAACUGAACCUGUACAAUCCUGCUCAGGCACUCUACCAUCUGGGCGCGAGAAAGUUCAGCAUCGUCAGCAUCCCGCCGCUGGGCUGCACUCCGUCGCAGAGGCUGCGCCGGCUGGCGCAGAUGGGCACGCAGGGCUGCUUCGACCCACUCAACGAUCUCUCGCUUCAGUCGUACCCUUUGCUGUCCGCGAUGCUGGAGGAACUGGCCCACGAGCUGCCUGGCAUGGCCUACUCCCUCGGAGACGCCUUCACCAUGGUCUCCUUCGUCUUCGCCAACCCACACACAAACGACUGGAGUAAGCAAAUCGCCUUGGCACGGCUCCUUGCCUGUGCAAAUAGCCCGUGGAUCUUUUCUAACUGUGAUUUUGCCGGCCUGCUCUUAUAG